UCUGGAGCCAAAACCCAUUCUUGCUUUGCAGGAGACAGAGAAGAGGAAAAGUCUUACCCAGCCUUCAGCACCCCUCUACCCUGUCCUACAGGGGAGUACUGAAGAAGAAUUAAUUUUUCCUCCCCCGUAUAACCCCUCUAGGAUGCCGGAAGAACACCAUCCUCCCCCUCCGGGGGAGGCAGACGCUGUUCCGAGAGUGGGAGGUGGAAACGCUCCAGUGGGAAGCCUGCCCUUUACCAGACAAAGGGCUCAGAGGGAGCAAUCCACCUCCGCCGCCAGCUCCACUAUUCUGCCCCUGCGAGCCACCGGACCCCCAGACGCGGAGGGGAAUCAGCCCCAUCACUAUUGGCCUUUCGCCACUAGUGACCUCUACAAUUGGAAAGCUCAGAAUCCUAAGUUUUCCAAGAAACUGGCAGGGCUUAUUGAUUUAUUAGACUCUGUUCUUUUUACCCAUCAGCCCAUGUGGGAUGAUUGCCAGCAGCUUUUGCAGGUCCUAUUCACGACUGAAGAAAGAGAAAGAAUCCUCAAUGGGGCCCAAAAACUAGUUCCGGGCACAGACGGGAAUCCCACCACCAACCAGGCUCAGAUAGAUGCCUCCUUCCCCUUAACUCAGCCUCAGUGGGAUUUCAACACAGCAGAAGGUAAGGAGAGGCUCCAGGUCUACCGCCAGACUCUAAUGGGGGGGGGGGGGGGUCUCCGAAUGGCUGCUAGAAAGCCAACCAGUUUGGCCAAGGUAGGAAAUGUACAACAGGGAAAAGAUGAAUCUAUGGCUGCCUUUUUAGAACAGAUCAUGGAGGCAUUCUGUACCUAUACCCCCAUGGAUCCAGAGGCUCCAGAAAGCAAGGCAGCUGUUAUCAUGGCCUUUGUAAACCAAUCGGCCAUAGACAUUAGGAGAAAAUUACAGAAAAUAGAUAGACUAGGAGAAAAAAGUCUGCAGGACUUACUGGUGGUAGCCGAAAAGAUAUAUAAUAACCGGGAGCCUCCUGAGGACAAGCAGUCUCACGCUACGGCGGCUGCCAGCAGUAAGCAGACUCGAGACCUGGCCAGAAUACUACUAGCUACCACUGCUGACUUCCCCGAGGAACGAGACCGCCGUCUCCGGCAGCUGGCAGACGACGCAAGAAAAGGUAAAAGAACCACCAAGGUGGGGAAGCAGAGGCUGCAGAGGGAUCAGUGCGCAUACUGCAAGGCGAUAGGGCACUGGGCCCGAGAUUGUCCAAAAAGGGCCGGCGGAAAGGGAAGCAAGACUGAUCGAGUAAAAGUCCUAGAGCUAGAUGAACUAAGUGAUUAGAGGAGUCGGGGUUCGGACCCUCUCCCCGAACCCAGGGUACCUCUCAAAGUGGAGGGGACCCCUGUUGACUUCCUUGUCGACACCAGAGCACAACAUUCGGUCCUCCGCACCCCACAAGGAAAACUAGCCAGCAAGAAGUCCUGGGUACAAGGGGCAACUGGUAUGAGCCAGUAUUCAUGGACUACCCGAAGAACAGUAGAUUUGGGAAUGGGCCGGGUAUCCCACUCCUUUAUGGUAAUACCAGAAUGCCCCUACCCGCUGUUAGGACGGGACUUACUGACCAAGAUUGGAGCUCAGAUAACUUUCAGACAAGGGGGGCCUCAGGUCACCGAUGGCAAGGGCCACCCCAUCCAGGUCCUGACCAUGAAACUGGAGGAUGAAUACCUCCUCCACCAGGAGGCGCUCCCGAGAGAGAAUAAUAUAGACAGAUGGCUACAAGAAUUCCCCUCGGUUUGGGCAGAGACGGGGGGGAUGGGACUAGCCGCUCACAGGACCCCAGUCCUGGUAGAGCUCAAGCCAGGAGAGAGUCCGGUAAGGAUCAAACAAUACCCCAUGUCUCAGGAGGCCCGGAAGGGGAUCCAGCCACACAUCCGGAGACUACGAAGCCUAGGGGUACUAGUUCCUUGCCAGUCUGCCUGGAACACCCCAUUACUGCCGGUCAGAAAGCCUCACACAAAUGACUACUGACCGGUACAAGACCUCCGGGAAGUAAAUAAGAGGGUCGCGGACAUACACCCAACUGUUCCCAACCCAUAUACUCUCUUGAGCUCCUUGGCGCCCUCCAGGGUCUGGUGUACUGUACUAGAUUUAAAGGACGCCUUCUUCAGUCUGCCGCUGGCACCCCAGAGCCAACCCUUGUUCGCCUUUGAGUGGCAUGAUCCGGAGGAGGGCUAUAGUGGGCAACUCACCUAGACACAGCUACCUCAGGGAUUCAAAAAUUCACCCACCAUCUUCAACGAGGCACUACACAAGGACCUGGGUGAGUACAGAAGGGAGCACCCUGGCCUCACCCUCCUACAGUAUGUAGAUGACAUCCUGAUUGCUGCCGACACAGCCAAAGACUGUGAGCGAGGGACCCAGGACCUGCUGGCUACCCUGGGGGCCUUAGGGUAUCAGGCAUCCGCGAAGAAGGCUCAGAUAUGCAGGGAGAGGAUUCACCAACAGGACACCAAAAUAGAGCAAGUUGUAUCUGCCUGCAAGACCUGCCAACUCACCAACGCGAGAGCCACAUCAAAUAAAAAAGGAACCAGGCUCAGAGGCACCAGACGGGGAGCCCAAUGGGAAGUCGACUUCACUGAAGUCAAACCAGGAAAGUAUUUACAGACACCUUCUCUGGCUGGGUGGAGGCAUACCCAACUAAGCAUGAAACAGCUCAGACGGUGGCUAAGAAGCUACUAGAAGACAUCUUACCCAGGUAUGGUUUUCCUGCCAUGGUAGGAUCAGACAAUGGACCACCUUUUAUCUCGCAGGUAACACAGGCAGUAGCCAAGGCAGUGGGGGCAAACUGGAAAUUACAUUGUGCUUAUAGGCCCCAGAGCUCAGGACAGGUAGAAAGAAUGAAUAGAACCCUAAAAGAGAUCCUUACCAAAUUAACCAUGGAGACUGGCGGGGACUGGGUGACUCUCCUACCAUACGCCCUUUACCGGGUUAGAAACACUCCUUACACUCUGGGUUUUACUCCCUACGAGAUCAUGUUUGGCAGGCCACUCCCUGUUAUUCCCAGCCUUCGAGCUGAACUUAUUGCUGAGUUUAAAGAUCAAGAACUUUUUCUUUCCUUGAGCAGGCUCCAGAGGGCACACGAGGACAUUUGGCCACGCCUCCGUGCCAUCUACGAGGCUGGCCCGAUCCCAACACCUCAUCAGUACAGGCCGGGAGACUGGGUCUACGUCAAGAGGCACCACCGAGAGACUCUCGAGCCGUGCUGGAAGGGACCCUACAUUGUGGUGUUGACAACCCCCACCGCUCUCAAGGUAGACGGCAUCGCGACCUGGGUCCAUCACACCCACGCUCAGCCAGCAGACCCCUCCUCGAUCCGGAAGGACGUCAUCACGCGAUGGGCCAUCAGUCGGGACCAACACAACCCACUCAAGCUCAAGCUACAGCGCAUUCAACCCACCUAAUAUUGGUAACUCUGUUAACUCUGCUUGUCAUUGCUCAUGCUGCCAGGAGUCCCCACACCCCCCAAAACAUCACCUGGCAGAUCAUAGACACAAGCUCGGGACAAUACUUAAUCAGACGUCCCAGAGCCACCCCAGGGACACUUGGUUCCCAGAACUUUGCAUAAACCUCCAAACUCUGUUCCCCUUGUCACCAUAAAUGCAGCCGGUCCCAUGAUUGGGUCCCUAAGCUACAUGACAAGGGGGGAAUGAAAGGGCGGGCCUAUGCCGGCUGACUCCAUCUUGUUCUGUGUCCUUCACCUUGACCACACCUCCUCCCCUUGAGUAACCCCCCCCUCACCUGCCUAAUAGGACUCAGCCCCUUCCCCAGCCAAUCGGCUGAGGCCAUAGCCAUUACCUCACCAACUGCCCCUAGGCCCCAAUAAAACCUUUGUCCUUUUGAAACUCGCUCUCUCUCCCUGGUAUCUCACCACUGCAUUGGUGCAGGUAGGGGAUUGAGCUCGAGCUAGCUCGAAUAAAGGCUCUUUGCUUUUGCAUCGGA